UUUCCCCAAACCCUCAAAAAGACGAAAAUCCCUAAAAUUUUCCCCUCCCUCAAAAGCACUCAGCUCCCUCAUCACUCUCACUCUCGAUCUCUCUCCCGCUGCUCUCCCUCGCUCACCCUCUCUCUCACUCCGGCGAGGUCUUCGUCCACCGGCAAAGCUUUCUCACCGUCGCUCCUGUCUAUCUGACUCCGGCGCAAGGUUCCGUCUACUAGCGAAGAAGAACGGGGCUUGCUCUCCCUCCCUCGCUCCAUUUGGUUCAAUUUUAUCUACUUCAACCAAAUAUAUUGAUUUUUGGCGAAGAAGAACUGGGCAUGGUGAUGAUGAAGAUGCGGACAAGUUGGCGAGUUAUGGAGAUUUUUUUGGUGCUAAGAAGAAAAAGGCUGCCAAACAAAAAUAAAAAUUGAAAGAUGGGUCAGAAGAGUCAGACAUGAAUGAUGAACAAGAAGAUGAUAAGGCAUUUGAAAACAAGGUAACUGCUGCAAGAAGGCCAUUGAACAGUGCAUUAGAAGUUGAUCUUGAUUUUGAGCACAACGAGAGACUUGCCCCUAUAAUAACCGAGGAGGUUACAGCAACACUUGAAGAUUUGAUAAAGAAAGGAUCGUUGAGGGGCAGUUUGAUGAUGUUCAAAAGGCUCCUGCGUUGCCCUGUAAAGCACCGAGAGAAGUUAAAAAGAUGAGAAUAAGUGCAAGAAGAGUCUUGCUGAAAUCUAUGAG